AUGGAAAAUCAGUUUGACAGUAUCAUGGAACGAAUCCGCGUCCGACAGGGCGAGGUGACCGGCAAAGAGAACGAAACCGAGGCGGCGUCGACGGUGAAGAUCGAAGAAGUGACGUCGCCGACGAAAGUCUUCGGAAAUUCUUCGAACACCCCGAAUACGAAGACGCCCGUGGUUUUCCGUCAGCCAGAACCGAAAGAAACGUCUCCGGACCCAUCAAAUACCACGGAAAACGAAUCGACGGCGAGUGGAAACAAGAAAAAUCGAUUUUCGAUGUUGGCCGCCGAGUUGGACGAUUACGAAUUCGACUACACAAGCCAGUACAACAAGCCGAAGGAGGCGUACAUGAAGGGACCGAGUCCGCGCAUCUCCACGGGCCUCAGGACGGCGAUUCCGUCGAAAAGCGCGCCGAUCAUCUCGGAUUUCGAGGCGCGUCGGAUAAAGUUCGCGCAGCCGAUCGUCAACGUGAACUACCUGCCGAACGUGUCGUUCUCGGCCAGCUCGCACGACAUGAGCACGGUGCUCGGCGGCUCGGCGGAGAUGAUGAACGUGACGACGUCGUCUCUUUCGUGCGGCGAACUCUCGAUGAACCAGCAGAUCACCCACGAGAACACGGUCAUUAAUGCUCAAUCGUGCGACAACCGGGAGGCGAUUUUGCGCGAGCGAAAUGCGUCGGCCGAUGAGUAUGGGGCGCAUACGUUUAUGAGAAAGGUUCGUGUAAGAUGGAUGAGGAAAGGGGCGUGGCCUGGUGAUUUUGGCUGAACAUUUGAAAAUUUUUAAAAUGUAUUCUGAAACAUUUCCAGUGAAAUUAACUUUUUUUGCUAAUUGCGCGAGCCACGCCCCUUUAAAAAAAUAUUUAUUAAGUUUUUUUUUGAAUAAAUGCUUGGUCUUCCCCUCACGCACUCACCCCUCUAAUAUUUUGUGUUUUUUCCUGGAUAGAAGGCGCCGAAAGAGAAGACGAUCGACGAGAAGCCAAUCGGAACAAGUGGGACCACCGGGACUACCUCGACCACUUCUACCGCUUCCGCCGGAGCCCCGCAGACGUUUUCGCGCCCGCCGAUCCACGCGCUGAUCUCGUCGCCGAAGCCGUUCUCGAAGGAGAUUGGCAAAUCUGUGUUCUCACCGGUUCACUUUGUGAGUCACUUGCACCAUGCUUCUUUCUUUUCCUCUUCUUUUUCUGCUGUCUGACUCCGCCCACUAACUGUCAAUUUCGAUUGCAGACGCCGAAAAGUACGUCGUCGCCGAAAAUGACGAUCCAGCCGGAAGCGGUCGUGGUGAUGUCGCCGUCGAAAUCCGCCGCAUUGGAGGGAGAGCUGGCGAAAACGCGUCGAGCACAAUUUGAGCAGAAAUUCCAGAAUAAGACUAACAUUGUGAGUGGGUACUCGCUUAACUCUCUCUCUCUCUUUCAGCCCUAAAAGAGGAUACUAUCUGGAGAUGUUCUUGGAUUUGAAAAUGAAAAUGCCAGGUUUUAGCGAGUACCUGACGUUUUCGGCUUUAAACCGACAUAUCUUCAGAUUGGAUGAUCUUUGCGGGCUGAAAUUUACAAAGUGGAUGCUCCAAACCAAAAUUGAUAAUCGGGAAAAGUUGGGGUACCAUUGGAUAAUACAAAAAUGAAAAACGGCCAACUCAGAAAGUUGUUGGCCAUAAAAUUCUCUCUCUCUGACCCAGAAACGAGCAUUGUUUUCAGUCUGUUCCAACUCCAUCCGUCCCGGUGCCGACGCCCCGUCACGCGGGAAUCACGGCGACGCCACACGUGCACGUGGCACCACACCAGAAGGAUCUGUUUGCCACCAGAAAAGCAGAAAACGCCCACGCACCAGCACCGGUCCCGGUGCCCGUCGUUCAGACCCAAUGGCGCGGAAAGGGGAACACGCCGGUCGUGCAGGGAGCGCGCGCCGCCGACAAGACGGCCGGGGAGGAUGUGCGCGGUGCGGGCGUCGGAAGACUCAAGAACCUCAAGUCGCGGUGGGAAUUCUCGUCGGCGACGGGCACUCCGAUCCAUCCGGACGCCACCGAGGACUCGCUCAUCGCCACCGCCAUCAAGAUGAAGGAGUCGACGAUUCCGAACAAGGUACGACCCGGUCUUAUCGUUUUUUCUUAUUCUAGAUCCCAUUUUUCAACCCCCUGUGUCAGUUGCAGAUUGGUCACCGCUCGAUGACGGGCCGCAAAGGACCGUCGGAGUCGUCGAUCAAUUCGCAGCCGAGAAGCACGACCGCGUCGCCGGCGGCCAAGAACACGCGAUACGGACAACGAAAGAACGAGCAUCAGGAGGAGGAGGAGGAGUUUGAGGACGAGGUGUUCGACGAUCCGCCGAUGUCGCCCGAACACAACGACGACGAUGGAGAGGCGAUCGAAGACGAAUUCUCGGGCGACGAGAUUCCGUCAACGGACACGUCGCGCUUCAUCGAUAAUGCAUUCGGAUUCAUCGAAGGACCGGGGACAGGCACGCCGUCGCCGUUCCGCCCGUCGGACGGACAGGCACCGCUCGCCCGCCUCGAGGGAUUCAGCAGCGGAAGACGUGGACGCAAAGAACUUCAGCUCGAAUCGGAUGUGAUUGAGGAGGAAGACGUGCCGGUCGGCGAGGGAGAAACGGACGAGGAGGAGGAGGUGACGGAGAUGGGCGAUCGAACCCAAACGGGAACGGAUCGGGUUGAGACGACGGCGACGAUCGGAGAGCACGAGAAGGAGGUGGAGAAGGGCAACUCGAGCCUCCCUUACUCGGUCUCGUUCUACCGCAAAAUACAGCGAGAACGAGUCGGCGACGCGGCGAGCACCACGCCCACCCCGAUCAGCCCCUCGGCGCCGAUCGCCUCGUUGACAUCGCCGCAGAAGCUACGGCAGCUGACGUCGGGCGUCGGAGCCGUUCCGCCCGGUGGACGUGUGCUCGAAAGUGAGCGGGAGACGCGCGAUCGGCUGCUCAAGGCGAUGCGCGUCGAAGAGGAGCUCAUCACGCAGUCGAAACGAGCGAUGGCGUUCUCGCGAGAGAAACCGAACUUUAGGGGAUCGCGCGAGGAAUUUGAGGCCCAGUGGGCACUCCUCGUGCAUGGAGAGAAGCACCGGGCACUCGUGGCCGAGUACGAACGACUGAAGAGAGAAGGACCGAGAAUGUAAGCGGGUUUCAGGGAGGCCGAAGCCAAAACAUUUCAUUUCAGUGUCGACGGACCGCGCGGAACGAUCACAGUCGUGCAGCUGACCGUCCACAUGGCCAGAGACUAUGUGGCCGCCCAUAUAGCGGCCAGCAAGAAGCCAGGUACCAUUCCAUCGAAAAGAAACAACGACGAAUUACAUUUGAAAGAUGUUCCAGACGAGGUCUUCUACUUCGUGGCCGUCCUUCGCUACGGCGAACAAGUGGACGUGUCGAAGAUGGUGACGAGCGACGGAGGACUCAAUCGGAAGGGCAUCCUCGAGUUUCCGGUGCCUCUCCAGCUGCACGCGAUCCCCGCCGACUUCCGCGCCACCGUCGAGAUUUACGGACAACGAACGAUGCGCGAGGCGACGAGCCACGAGGACAAGUUCAAGUUGAAGAGCUCGACGCUCAAGGCCAAGGUGAGAGAGCGCUUUUCCAAUCGAAUUGCACGAUUUCCAACUGAAGACUGUUUAUUUUUUGUAUGUUUUUUGUGUAACCCAACCGUGUCCUCUGUUCCCCGCAUGAUCUUACUAACCCGCCCUACAGAACGCUGACGAAUGGUGUUAUUAUGUGGACAGAAGUGAGUACGAGUCGAGAUUGAAGACGCCCAAUGAAGAUCGAGGCGGCAAGAUGCGGUUGCCGUGUAGAUUGUGGAGAAAGUUGCAUGUAUGUGUCUGUAUGUGUCUCUCUGUGUGUCUUUUUGUUCUUUUUUGUUUCCAUUCUUGAACUUCCCCACGUCCAUUAACUUUUUAGACCCGAAACACGUUCCUCGGAAGCGGAUCGUCGGCGAACACUUCGGCAUUUGUGCAGCCGAUUCUGUCCUCGUCGGGAACCUCCAACUUUACUCUUCUCGGCACCUUUUCGUUUGACAUUAAUUGUCCCGGCAAACAUGUGAGUUUUUGGGAUGGAAUUUCAAAAUUUGGAGCAAGUGACUCAAAAGUGCCGACCCCGUAAACCAUUUGCACAGGCCUGCAAUUUUGUGCGGCAAUACUAGCGAAUAGUGCAAUAUCAACUGUUUUCAGAUGUACAACAUGUCGCACACUGUCCAUCCGCUCGAAGGCGUCACGCUGAUGAAGGUGCGGAAGCAGGCGGUCGACGGCGCCGACAUCUCGUUCAACGGCUUCCUCUCGAUGUACCAACGCACGCGCGAGGGCCUCGGCUCGUGGACGCGCUACUGGUGUGUGCUCGACAAUGGCGAGAUGAAGUUCUGGAGGCAUCCGGAGGACGAGGGCACGAAGGGAUGGCUGGUCCUGCUGGAUCUGAGCACGUGCUGUCGAUCGGAGGGCGCGUCGACGGUCACCGACAUUUGUCCCUACCCGAACAGCUUCCACAUUGACGUGUGGGUGCCAAAGGACGACGCGCCGGUGCCCGUGGCGAUGGGAUCCGACGCCGACACGAUCGCCUCGCAGACGACGAUAACUCGAGCGGGAAUCGAGCAGUUGAGGUACGGAAUCCAAAAUUUAACACGCAAACAAUUGGAUAGGCCAAAACGAAUGUUUUGCAGAGUGAUGCUGGCGGCGGACACGCAGCCGGACCUGCUCAAAUGGCUGUCGGUGAUCAACUCGACGUCGAGACAGUUGUGCACGUGGAGAAAUCCGAUUGUGCAGGGAUAA